AUGGAGGGGGACCUGGGGGCCCCCAAUGCCAGCGUGCUGGGGGAGCACUCCCUGCUCGUGGGCAGCAGCUGGGUGGCCGCUUUCCUCUGCUUCAUCAUCCUGCUGACCACGGCGGGCAACUUCCUCCUCAUCCUCCUCAUCGUCACCCAGCGCUCCCUCCGCAACACCUCCAACUAUUUCCUGGUGUCCCUCUUCAUGUCGGACCUGAUGGUGGGGCUGGUGGUGAUGCCCCCGGCCAUGCUCAACCAGCUCUACGGCCGCUGGGUGCUCAGGGGGGACUUCUGCUCCCUCUGGGCCUCCUUUGACGUCAUGUGCUGCAGCGCCUCCAUCCUCAACCUGUGUGUCAUCAGCCUGGACCGCUACCUGCUCAUCACGUCCCCGCUCAGGUACAAGCUGCGCAUGACGUCCUGCAGGGCCCUGGCGCUCAUCCUGGCCACCUGGAGCUUGGCAGCGCUGGCCUCCUUCCUGCCCAUCAAGAUGGGGUGGCACGAGCUGGAGUUUGAGGUGCGGCCCCUGAACGUCACGGGGCUGGGGGAUGAGGAUCAGUGCCGGCUGCUGGUCAGUCUGCCCUACGCCCUGGUGGCCUCCUGCCUCACCUUCUUCCUGCCGUCCGCCGCCAUCUCCUUCACCUACUGCCGCAUCCUGCUGGCGGCGCGCAAGCAGGCCGUGCAGGUGGCUUCCCUCACCUCCAACGUGGCCACCACCGACGAGGCCACCCCACAGGUCCCACGCGCCCCGAGCCAGCCCCUGACCGGCAGCGAGAGCAGGAGGUUCAGCAACAAGCACAGCAAGAAGGCUCUGAAGGCCAGCCUGACCCUGGGCAUCCUCCUGGGCAUGUUCUUCGUGGCCUGGCUGCCCUUCUUCGUCACCAACGUGGCACAGGCAGUUUGUGGCUGUGUCCCGGCUGGAUUCUUCGAUGUGCUCACCUGGCUGGGUUACUGCAACAGCACCAUGAACCCCAUCAUCUACCCACUCUUCAUGAGGGACUUCAAGAGAGCCAUGGGCAAAUUCCUGCCCUGCUGCCGGCGCUCGGCGGAGCCCCGGCCCAGCGCCAUCUCCCUGUCCAUGAGGAACUCCAACAGCGGCCCCCGCGCUGCCACGUCCCUCAAGAACGUGCUCACCCUGCAGGCUGACACCGACUCUGUGGGCUCUGGGGCAGUGGGGAGCGAGCCCAAGCUGCUCCCGGCCGGGCCGGGCCCUGGAGCUCGCUCCAUCGGCCUUUGGGAUGCGGAGCCCGCGGACGCGGAGCUGCAGCUCGGCACCCCCGUGGCCUGAGCGCGGCACACACAGC